CGGACGACUGCCAUUCGUGUUUUCUUCUCUCCGGGCCUCUGUUCCUGUUCAGAUUUUCCUCUCCACCGCCCGCCGCCCAGGGCAUCAUAAUCCGGAUCUUUCCCUGCCUCUUUUCGCCUCUGCUUUCCUUCAGCCGUGACGCUCGUGGCCUUCGUCGAUCAGCUGUCUUCCCGUCCGGCAUCCAUCACUAACCACGGGAACGGCAAAUACCCUUGCGUUUGAUCUUCGACCAACCGUCUUGGUCGGUUGGCGUAAUCCACUGAGCUUAGGAGAGCUUGAAAUACCCAAACGGCCCCCUGUUGCUGAACCUUUUCUUUUCGAAUCCCCACACGGAUCGGAAUCGUGUGGUGUCCACGCGCACUGAGUCUCAGCUGUGGAUUUUCAGAAGCUCGCCCGAACCGCGUCUUGAGGGAGACCGCUCAAGUGCUUGAUAUACUGACUUCCCUCGGGCUACUUGGCUCUGAUCAUUGGAGGGCCACCGACAUUAUUCGCAUCAUUAUCAGCCUACUGCCGAUGUAUUCAGGACGUUUCACCCUCUGCCGAGUCGCCUUGUGAUUACGGCAUUAGGCGCCCUCAAAUUUAGUCAAAAAUCAAAGAAAAGACUGUGUCAGGGAGCCGAGUGUCUGACAACGUCGCUGUCUGGAUCAGCGACGCGCCCACGUUGCUUACCGCCGGAUGGACGCACAAGGGACAUCGCAUCCACCCUCGACUGGUGGCGGCGGAACCGGCGGACCAGGCUCUGGUAGUACGCCCGCGACUGCUCCUGCGACAAGUACGGCAAAACUGCGAAAGCGUACAAAGACAGGAUGUCUGACGUGUCGCAAGCGCAGAAUAAAGUGUGGAGAGGAGAGGCCGAUCUGCCAAAACUGCAUCAAGUCGAAGCGCACUUGCGAAGGCUAUAACCAGAGACUGAACUGGAAAACUCCAAUCGCGGAUUGGGGAGGACUGGCCGACGACGGUCAGAUACUUCAAUUUCACAAUGGCAUGCUUGCUUCGCAGCCCAUGGGUCAGUACCGGCCAGUGCCACCACCGAUUGACACGGCUGCUUUCAUGCCAACCCGAUUACCUCAAGGCCAACCUAUCGCGAUGGGUGAGAACGGCGAGCCGAUUUUCAGUCCACCCAACACUGGCAUACCGUACAUGCAGAAUGUGCCCGGCUUGACGGUACCUUCUCCGUACGCACAACAGUUUCCGUCCUGGACACCGCCUACACCCCAAUACGGCCAUCCUGCCUACGGCCAAAGCCCUAUCUCGACCCACAGUAUUCCUCCGAAUCUGGCAAACCCAUCGCUACAAAGCAAUCUAGACGCUACGAUGCAGCACAGCGACUUGCCGGCUCAGCAGUAUCGUCGACCUAGCCAGCAAAUCGGUGAUCUUCCCACGCCCGCCUCGACCGUUCAGCAAGAUUUCGCAUCUUUCUUUGCCGGAACACCCUCUCAACAGUCGGUCAACAACGCCCCUUUGCUGCGACAAGGUCAAGUCUACUGGUGGGGACCGAAUGAGACCGCCUCAGCCGCACCACCUGUCAACACACAAGAGAGAGCAUGGGCACCCGCAACGGAACCAAGUUCGACAGCCGGUUCGCAAGGUGUUGGUGAUCUUGGCUCAGCGACGUCGACGACGGCCCCUGGUCCACAAGCUGCCAAGUUUCUAGGCCACAGCCUCGCCGGAGCCACAGCGCAGUUUCUGGAAGAUGCCGCAAUUGAGACCUAUGAGGACAACUACUACGACGUCGAGUCUGACGAAGAGAUGGAAGACGUUCCCGAAAAGGCCUUUCAGCAGUUAAGCCUGAUGCGAAAACUGCAUCAAGAUCAUCUGAACGAACUAAGCGCUCGAAGAUAUGACACCUUCCUAUAUUCCGGCAUGCUGGACCAUUACAGAGCAGAAGAGCAUGCGAAUCCACUAGGGAAUCCGAAAACAGCAAGGUUAUUUGCUCACUUCAUCUUUGCUACCGGGCCCAGUUUAUCCAUCUUCGAAAGACAUCCUCGCAAUCCCUCGGCGCUUUUCAACGAGACUCCAUCAGGCCAUCAGCAGGGUAUUUGGACGUAUACGCUGCCGAUGAAAGCAAUCUUCAACCAAGGUUUGCUGCAUGCCAUGCUUGCCUUAUCAAGCUUGCACAUCUCCAAACUUCAAGGCACCUCCAGCAUGCCCUCAUACAAACAUUACGCAUACGCUAUCAAACGCAUACACAAGAACGUUGGAAAUGCGAACAAGAAACUUUUGCCUACGACCAUUGCCGCAACUUUAUUGCUGGGCUUCUACGAGGUUCUCACCGCUGAUCAUUUGAAAUGGAGCAGUCACCUUGCCGGUGCCAAACAGCUGCUGCAAUCCAUCCCGUUCAAGCGCAUGGCCAAGGAGGCAAGACGAUACAAAGCACAACAGCUUUUUCGGAAGGAUGAAUAUGCAUUCUACCAGAGCCAUGACUUUCUUGAUCGAGGCGCUCAAAGUAUGAGUGCUACAAUUGACGAGAGUCUUGUUAGCAUUCUCAUGGGCCGCGAGGUCAAGGUGGAGCAGUUUGGCCAAGUGUUGGACGACGAUGACGAUGGCGUACGAGGUGCAAAAGCUUCACCACCCUUUGAUCCCGAAAAGUACGAACUAUACCAGGAUCUAUACUGGUGGUACGCAAGACAGGAUGUCUACCAAGCCAUCUUGAGCGGCAAUAAAUUAUUGCUCGACUAUCACCGAUGGACCGAUUGCCCACCCCGCGCAAGUAUGGGCCGAUCCGACGCAAUCUAUGGAACACAUGACCACUUGAUCCUCAUAUUUGCCAGAAUCGCGGAUUUCAAUGCUAGAGAUCGACGUAGAAAGAUCAAGGUCAUGGACUCAAACGGAGGUCAAUGGCGACCACCGCCAGGAAUGAGCAUGCCUUCUGGGCCUCCACCACCAGCCCCUCAAUCCAAUGCUCCGGCAUCUCGGACUCCGAAUACUUCGUUCAUGCAAUCAGCUUCUGUGACAGGGCAGCCAUCAGCACCCUACCCAACAAUGCACAUGCAGAACCCUCCUCAUUACCAAAGCGGAGCGUCAUUUGGCAUCGGUCAGGGCCCAAUUCCUGCCACAGGUCAUGAACAAAUCCCGAACCAUCCAUUCUUUGGUACGCUAUCCGGACAGGUGUCGCCGGACCUGAUUCAGCCUAACCAAAUGCCCGCACAUCAAGAUCCCAUCCUAUUGAACACGCCGCAAAACUUCAAACACGAACGAGGGCUUGAAAAAGGUUCCGCAGGUUCCCCAUUCAGCUCUCAAGCCCCCAUGCAGUCUUCUUCUCAGGCCAUGGGCGAUCCUCAUCGUCACUCCACCGGCCAGCGUCCUGCUCCUCCUGCUCCCCCUAGCUUCUACGGAAUGGCACCUCUUCCAACCACUGUUAAAAUGCCGUCUUCGUAUGCAGCAAAUACGGCACACUCCACACCCAGUCCUAAGUCUGAAAAGAGCGAUUAUGACUUGGAUGCUGCUACGGAAAGCGCACUUGCUGAGUGGGCUCAGCUGAAGGCUGCUUUGAAUACUUUUGAGUCUCACCUAGGACCACACUUCCAACCGCUCCCUGCGGACCUUCAUCCUCCGACAAUGACUCCAUUCGGCCCAGCUUUGUUUUACAAGUCGCAUGAUGUUGGUAUAAUAUGGGCACUAUACUACAUGGCAUGUAUCAUUCUCCAGCGCUGCCAGCCUCACAUGCCACCAGCUGCGUUGAUGGCUGCGGAGGUCGCAGCUCAGCAGACUAGCCAGUAUGCCACACGCAUAGGACAAAUCGUUGGAGGGAUUGUGCCGCCUGUGAUGGGACCUGACCUCAACCCAAAUCUUGGAGCAUGUUUAUGCGAAGCUGGGCUUCCUCUUUUUUUUGCUGGAGUGCAAUAUCGAGACCCUGGCCAGCGGGCGUGGUUAAUCAGCCUUCUUCGCAAUGUCGAGUUGCGCACCGGGUGGAAGUCCAUCGGAAUGAUCGCGCAAGGCUGCGAGGCGUCUUGGGAAAAGGCUGCAGAAGCAGGACGAGGUCCUCCGUACAAACGCGUUUUGGGCCGUUGGCACGUUCCGAUGGGAAACCAGACUACCGCAGAUCACGAUCAUGCCGAUGUUUCAGGAAAAAUUCCUCGAGACCAUCAAGGUACACGAGUUCACUGGGCCAUGGGCGUUCUUGGAGUCCAGGAAGAAGACAACGAACGCGAGAGCCGCCAUGUUAGCGGUUUACAGCCGUCAAAAAUGCUGUUUGAUUGAUUAAGCGUCAGGAUCCGUGCUUCAUUUUGCAGCAAUCUCUUCUUUGCGAAAUGGGAUAUGACCAUCAUGAAUGAACGUGCUGUUAGAUUUAGGAAAGUCGCUGUCUUCUCUAUUCACGCCAAAUGUAGUCACGAAAUCUAGGGAGCGUUCUUUUGGCAAAUGUAUAAUACAACAUGGACAUGAUUGAACGGCCGACUCUUGUUAUUUGCCACCAGGAGGCACACAAUUAAUAAAUGAAGCUGGCCGUCACGGGCCAGCUUUUCAUGCUACAUAAUGCAGGACUCGGAUGAAAAAAAAAGUCUUAAAAACAAAAAUUCUUGCGGAAUCUGUCACUGCAAUCACACUUCCAUCGUGUAUCCGCUGAUGAGGAUUGCAAAAUCGGUUCCUGUAAUAACCGGGUGGCAAGAUGAG